AUGAGACAGUGUGUGGAGACAGAGCCGAUGACUCACCCUGGACUUCACGAACACAGUCUGACUAAGAUCCUAGAGGAUGUGGUGGAGGAGGUGAGGUUGUCUAUAGAUAAAGACAUAAAUGGAGCGGAUCUUCUCCACAGUCUGCUCAGUGCACCCUGGCUCAACUCUCUGCUCAGGGUGUAUGAGUGUCUGCUGGAGUACACAAGAACGUCCCCCAGUCCAUGUCUCCUCUAUGCUUCAGCACUUUCUCAGGAGAUUAUGAGAGAUAUGAGGUCGCUGACUGCCCCCUCCCCUGAGGCCCAGGAGCUCUACAUGCUGCUGAGAGCACGUCAUUUCCAGGCUCUGCUUUCAGCGCAUGAUUCUGUGGCUCAGAAGGACUACAGUCCAGUGCUGCCACCUCUCCCUGAUGAUCUGCCUGAGGACGAGGAGGCCAUGAGGAUCGUCUGCCUUGUGAAGAACAAGCAACCUCUGGGAGCAACUAUUAAAAAGGAUGAGAAAACAGGGGAGAUCUUUAUUGCGAGGGUGAUACAUGGAGGACUAGCAGAUCGCAGUGGUCUCCUUUAUCCUGGUGAUAAACUGGUGGAGGUGAAUGGGGAGCCAGUGGAGGGUCUGGAACCUGUGCAAGUCAUUCAGAUCCUGGUACAUUCUCAAGGAACUAUCCUGUUCAAGGUGAUCCCCAACUCACCACAGCCUCCCAUCAGCCAUGCAACUCUGUAUAUGAGAGCCAUGGUAGACUACAAUCCACUGCAGGACCCUUCCAUUCCAUGCCCAGAUGCAGGCAUGGCCUUUAGCAAAGGGGACCUGCUGGAGAUUGUUGACCAGAGAGAUGUCGAGUGGUGGCAGGCCAGGCUGCUGCCCAAUACUACAGCCUGUGCAGGCCUCGUACCAUCCAACAGCCAUUUCAAAAGCAAGAAGAGGGAGUUCUGGUGGUCUCAGUCUUACCAGGCCCACACCUGUAUAAAACCCUUGAGUGCAGCUGAUGUUGGAGAGGAAGAAGGAGCUAUUGAAGAGAAGUCUGCAGAUGCAGAUGAUGAAGCUUUUGAAACUGAGGAGGGUGAACACAGUGGACACAUGGAGGGCUUUUAUAUUGCUGGGUUCAGACACAGUCUGCGCUUGUGGAGGAGGAGGGCUCCCAGUAAGAGGAGGCAGUCCUGUCAUUUCUGCGGCCCUAACAGCUGCCACAGUGCCUCAACCAGUCCAUACGAGGAGGUGCUCAACUACCAGCGCAACAGGAGCGAGCCUCCACGCCUCAUUGUUCUCCUGGGUCCAUCAGGAGUAGGAGUAAAUGAAUUACGCAGGAGGCUGAUAAAAAUCAACCCCAACACCUUUCAGGGACCAAUACCCUACACUACACGGCCCCCUAGGAGUGGAGAGGUGAACGGACAAGAAUACCACUUUGUUACCAAAGAGCUGUUUGAAUACUUGAUGGUUAAUCACAAAUUUAUUGAAUAUGGGGAGCAUAAGAGUCAUCUGUACGGUACCUGCUUUGAUUCCAUCAAAGAUGUGCUGGACAGCGGAAAAACCUGCAUCAUCGACAUCGAACCUCACUGCAUCCAUGCAGUGAGAACCAAGAAGCUGAAGCCAUACAUCAUCUUUGUGAAGCCUCCAUCUCUUGAACGCAUGAAGUUAACAAGGAGGGAUGCCAAGUUUAUAGCUAGCAGCUACUUCAAGAGAACUUUCAGAGAUGAGGACUUUGAGAAGAUUGAAGAGGCCGCCAGGAUGAUGGAGGCUCAGUACAGUCAGUUUUUCGACUGUGUGAUUGUAAAUCACAGACUACAGGACGCAUGCAUGGAUCUUUUUGCAGCUAUCCAGCACGCUCAGGAGGAGCCACAGUGGAUACCAGCCAACUGGAUCAGCUUUGACGAAUCUUGAUACACAAACAAACUCAUCCACACACAAACACGCACAGCCUGCCACUAAGACCGAAGAAGGGAGAUUAAGAUCAGAUAGUUAGCAACAUUUUAAAUGCACUCAAUUACACAAAAAACAGAAGCUUAUUUCUUUUCAUCUGACAAAGAGAGACUUUUUGUGUUAUUGAUGACAUCAUUAACUCCCAACAGCCAGAUGAU